AACAAAUGCCAGCGAUUUCGCUUUCGUCUCGUUCCUCUCGGGCCGGCGCGGCUGUGGCCACGCACGCGCCGCCGUUCUUCCCCCGCGGACCCACGCGCCAGUGGUCAGUGGCAACAGCGACACGCAUCCAUCCAUCUGCAUCCAUCGCCUAGUGCUUGCGGCCGGCACCGCACCUGCCCACUGUCUUAGAAGCUUCCCUACUCUUCUCGCCUCCUCCCCUCCUCCCUCCCCAGUGGCGAGCUUCCAAGUUCGAGCCGCCGAGACCCGCGACGAGUUGUACCUGCCCCCCAGCCCAGUUCGAGGCCCAGCGAGGUGAUUCUCUCUCGUACUCUCCCCGGAUUGAUCUCUUGAGAUGGUUGCCGUUGCCCUGCGUUUCUAGGCGAAUUGCGGUGCUCCCUGCUCGGAGGUGGGUGAUUUGGGGCUACAAGUCGGGUUCUUGUUGGUUGCUGUGAGCGGAAAAUCGGAUCUUUCCGGUUUCUGAAGGAGGUUGUCCGUCUCUGCAGGCACAAAGUUAUACGUCCUUGGCAUCAUUCCUACCAAAACAGCUUUCCUCAAUUCUAGCAUUGAUCUACAGUGCAUGGCCCUAGCUUUGGAUGCUUCUGUAAACUUUGUUUGGCAUUGAGGUUGGUGCACUUUACAAUGGGUUCACGAUCAAAGAACGAAGAUGACACAGCCCUUGUCUUGUGUCAGGAAAGAAAACGAUUUGUUAGAGAAGCUCUUGAUGGAAGAUGUGCUUUCGCAGCUGCUCAUUUUGCUUAUAUUCAGUCACUGCGGCACACAGGAUUUGCUCUGAGAAAAUUCGUUGAGCCUGAAGUGCCAACAGAUUCCUCACUGUACACAUCAACAUCUGCCACACCGGAGCCUCCAAUCAUUCGGCAGAAAUCGAUGAACCUAUCUCCAUCCCUUUCACAUCAUGCUAGUGACUCUUUCUCCCCAGUUCCAUCCCCUUUAUCUUCAGGACGUUUCCAUGUCAAUCAUAUGAAAGCCAGGGGGAACUCAGUGACAACUGUUGAGGAGAAGGUUCCUGUUCCUGUGACAGCAACUCUGCAAACAUCAUCCCCUGUUCGUAGACAAUCUGUCCAUGAUCUGGAUGAUAGUUUCACAUUCGAAGCUCCUCCUGGGACACCACCAUGGGACUACUUUGGCCUUUUUCGACCUGUUGAGAACCAGAUCUCAUUUCAUGAUGAGAAGGAACUUGGUCAUGACUUUGAGGAUGCUGAUGAUAUUAGGCGUCUUAGAGAGAAGGAGGGGAUCCCAGAGCUUGAAGAGGAAGUGGAAAAGUCUCCUGAUAAUAUUAAGCACCUAGGAGAGGAGAAAGCUCCAGAUUUCAAAGAUGUUGAGAAAUCUGCUAUGAAUGGAGUAGAGGAUGAUCUUGCAUUGUCAGAAGAUGACUUCGAUAAUCCAACGUCUGAAUCUUUAGUGCGGGUAUUCAAGAAUCGCAAUGAUAUGCCUGUUGCAAAUACUGCAACAAGUCAGUCACCUGCACAUCUUGCUUCAGAAAAGGCAGCUUCCGAAACUUCAGAACAGGCUGCUUCUGAAACUAUUGAUUCUCAAACUCAAAGGCCAAGAAAUGACACGAGGGUACUGGAUAUUAGCAUGUAUGAAACUGAUGAAACUCCUGUGACGAGCCCUGUGAAAGAAGUUGCAUCCUCAGUUGCUGUUCUUUCUAUGAAUGGGAAAUUAAAGGAACCUUUUCGUGAUGAAAGAAAUGUGGUGAGGGACUUAAAUUCAUGCAUGAAGGAGGUUGAAAUCUUAUUUAUGAAGGCGUUUGAUUCUGGAAAAGAAGUCCCAAAGAUGCUUGAAGCAGAUAAAGUUCAUUUCCGCCCUUUACUACCGGAAGAAAAAGCGCCUGGAUUGACAGCAUCAGGGUUUUUUGCAACAUUCUUUGCUUGUUGCAGGGGGGAGGAAGUCCCUAUUCCUCAACCUCCUCCUCAGGCUGAAGUGAAGUACCUUACCUGGCAUAGAUCAAUGUCUUCACUUUCUUCGUCAUCUAGAAAUCCUCUUGGUACAACAUCAAAAGAUGACACUGAUGGUCUCACUGGAAAUAUUUUCAGUGGUGUAUACAUGAAUGCUGGCAGUCACGCCUCCACACUGGACAGGUUGUAUGCAUGGGAGAGAAAGCUUUAUGAUGAAGUUAAGGCGAGCAGUGCAAUUUGCAGGAAAUAUGAUGAGAAAUGUAAUCAACUAAGACACCAGGAAUCAAGAGGAGAAAGCCAAAUGAGUAUUGAUAAAACCCGUGCUGUUGUGAAAGAUUUGCACUCCAGAAUUUUAGUGGCCAUUCAGAGAAUAGACAUGAUUUCUAAGAAAAUAGAGGAUCUAAGGGACAAAGAGCUUCAACCACAGCUAGAAGAAUUAAUUGGAAGUUUAACUUGCAUGUGGACAACAAUGCUUGAGUGUCAUCGGCAUCAACACGAGAUUAUUAAGCUAGUAUCCAACAGUGGCAACACGAAGGUCUUAAUUCGGUCAGAAUCACAGUUCCAAGCAACUCUACUCCUCCAGGUUGAGCUAAGCACCUUAUGUUCGAACUUCCAGAAAUGGAUAGCAUCCCAUAGAUCAUACUUGCAUAGCCUAAAUUCAUGGCUACUCAAGUGUGUGAAGUCACUAAGGAGGAGGAAGAAAUCCAGGAAGAAGAAGGAAGCCGAUAUUCCGAUAACAAAUUAUGCUGUUGCGCCCAUCUUUAAAACGUGUGAGAACUGGAUAAAGUUAUUGGAUAAGUUACCAAACAAGGACUUGGAGGAUGCUAUUAGAGGUCUUGCUGCAAAUAUAAAUCGUUCCAUGCCACGCCAAGAGAAGCGGCGCGGUAGUUCAAAGCUGACUUUCUCAUUAUCCCAUAGUGGGGGGUUAAACGGUGAGAAGGGUGGAAUCCAUAGAAAUGAUCCUCCUAUGGAUUUACAAUCAAGUUUGGAGACAUUCCUAGGGAAGCUUGAAGCCUUCUCAGAUGUUUCAUUGGAUAAGUAUAUUAAACUCAAAAAGGAAAUUGACGAUGCGAAGGUGGAUUAUGAGAAAUAGAAGCAACUUCUGCGCAGGCAGAUCAGUGGCUCUAAUUUAAGAGAUGGAUAAGUAAAUCGGCCAGGUGUAUAUUUGUUUAUUUAAAUAACAUGCAUAAAUUACUGUUACUUUUCUUUUUGUAAGUUGCAAGAUAAGUCUAGGUGGGAGAGGAUAAAAAAUUGUAGAUUUUUGGUUAGUGCGGUGCCGCCUUAAUCUGGGGUUGUAAAUGUGAGGUGGUGGUAGCCAAUUGCAAGUUGCGGGGAUGUAAGAUGUACAUUCGUUCUGGGGUUAUAUCAGUAGUACAUAAGGUAACAUAUUCUCCAUCUCCGUGAAACUUUCCUACAAUGAGAAGUACGUAUACAUGCAGUGCCAUGCAAUGUUAUUCUCA